AUGAGCCUUUCGAAAGUUUGCCGUGAAAAUGUUGGUCGUCUUCUGAGAGCAGACUGUCUCGAGGCCGAAGUUAGCGCAAGGAUGUACUUUGUGUCCUUUUUAGGAAGUCGGAUUCAUGAUCCGCAGGAAUUUUGGGAGACUUUUCAGGCGACGGUGGAACCUUCAUCUUGUAAGAUAUUCGGAGGCAAAGAAAGGCGCACGGAUGCGACAUCGCACUACCACGUGCUGAUAGUAUCAGAGAAAGCUCUGCCUCUGACAGAUGGUAUUGGAGGAUUGAGGAUGUGGUACAACUUUGACUUUCAAAAUGAAGUUGAUACUUACGACAUUGAGAUUCGUGUCAAGCAAGAUGAACAAUACAUCUCCUCUUUUCGCAAGCAUGUAGAAUGGUACAUGUUACGUGCCGUCGACCCAGGUACCUGUUUCGGUGACCAAAGUCUAUCGCCGUUUCCUCCAAAGGCAGACGUUGGCCUGGGACUGUUCCAGAUCGGAGAUGAUGCUCUCGCUAUGACCACUCCAACCUACCCAGGGAGGAAGAGCAUUCCUGCGUUUCUAUCCCUGAAUGACUGUCCUCCUCCAUGCGCACCUCCUUGCGUAUAUUUUGGGGUACAUUCAGACAUCGAAACUCGUGCGGCUGUAGCAACUCACAAUCGGGUUCACGAAGACGAGGACCACAAUGCAUAA